UGGAUCCGUAAGGUAUAAAUAGAGAAAGUCAAAAAACCCGCCGUCUCAAAAGAGACAAAGAAAGAGAGACAGAGACGGAAAAUGGGGUUCUGCUUCGCCUGCUUCGGUGCUGGUAGAGAGCAGAGAAGAGAGGAAGAACGCCUGGCCUCCCAAGAUGCUCGAGCCAAAGCAGCCGAAGCCGCUGAGAAAAGGCAGGAGCAAUUUGAGAAGUCUGCCGCAGGAAGAGCUGCGCGUGCACAACUAGCAGCAAAUGCAAAGCAGACAGUUGGCUCUACCAAAGGUGAACCAGUUCUUAAGUGGCAAAUGGGAUGAAGUUUACCCUUUGGCUGUUCAAGUAUAACUGUUUCUAUAUUUUGGAAGGUUCAAAGAUGCUGUAUCUAUGGCUACAUCUCCUGCAAACUUUUGGUUGCUAUUUUGGCCGCCUACCAAUGAUUGUUAAGAUUUGCUGUUCUCCCACCUUUUUCAGAUGCCAAGGCUUUUCCUAAAAUUUAUUCCCCUUCUCAGGUU